ACGUUGUUUAGCCGGCUGUGGUUGGUGAAUGCGAUUUCGAGUGUAUGUUUUUUGCUUCUCCUCAUCACAGCCAGAAGACGAUAAAGUUACGUCUCGUUGACCCGUAUCGCUACAAUUAUUAAGUGAAAGUGGUCAAUGCUAACGGUAUGCAUUCGUUGUUGAAGAAAUGUUUCUCCUGUGGUACGGCCGUUCAUGGCCUCCACCAGUUUCGCAACAUUGCCACCAAACCGCGCACGGCUGUAGUUAUGCUCAACAUGGGAGGACCAGAGAACACGGACCAGGUACAUGAUUAUCUGCACCGCAUUAUGACCGACCGCGACAUGAUUCAGCUACCAGUGCAGAGCAAACUUGGCCCUUGGAUAGCGAAACGUCGCACACCAGAGGUACAGAAAAAGUAUGCCGAAAUUGGCGGUGGUUCGCCGAUUCUGAAGUGGACCAAUCUGCAGGGUGAUCUGAUGUGCAAGCAGCUGGACAAACUAUCGCCGGAAACAGCACCGCACAAGCAUUAUGUGGCGUUUCGAUACGUAAACCCGCUAACGGAGGAUACGUUCCGCGAAGUGGAGCGUGACCAACCCGAACGGGUGGUACUGUUCUCGCAGUAUCCACAGUACAGCUGUGCAACAUCCGGAUCCAGCUUUAAUGCAAUCUACUCACACUUCAAGGAGAACUCCCUGAGCGGACUAGAGAAAGCGCGCUGGAGCGUUAUCGAUCGGUGGGGAACCCAUCCCCUACUGGCCAAAACGUUUGCCGACAACAUUCGCAAAGAGUUGGAAAAGUUCCCCGCCGAGAAGCGGAAGGACGUGGUGCUACUUUUCUCGGCCCACUCGCUACCACUUCGGGCGGUCAAUCGGGGCGAUGCGUAUCCUUCGGAAGUAGGUGCAACCGUACAGAACGUGAUGCAAGAGCUUGGCUGGGCGCAACCCUACUGUCUGGUGUGGCAAUCGAAGGUUGGCCCACUGCCCUGGCUCGAGCCAUUCACCGAGGAUGCCAUCAAGGGCUAUGUGAAGCAGGGCAAGAAAAACUUUAUCCUCGUACCGAUUGCAUUCGUGAAUGAGCACAUCGAAACGCUACACGAGCUGGACAUUGAAUACUGCCAGGAGUUGGCGCACGAGGUUGGAGCGGAAAAGAUUGGCCGUGCGGCCGCUCCGAACGAUCAUCCGCUGUUUAUAGAUGCGCUCACGGACGUGGUGCGGCACCAUUUAUCAAACGGUUCGACCGUUGGGCCAAAGUUUCUCCUCCGCUGCCCGGCAUGCGUUAAUCAGAAGUGUUCGGUGAGCAAGCAGUGGUUCAAGGAAUUGUGCAAUUGAACUGACGUGCAUUUCGGGGACUGAUAAUGGGUGCGGAGAGGGGCAGGGUCUAAACAAUAAAACAAAAAGCCAGCGAAAUAACGCAUUUCAGUGUGUGAAGGAA